UUUAUACGAUCAUUAAAUGUUAUUUAAAAUGUUUUCAAUAAAGAUGCAUUGAACUGAACUUCCUAUGGGAGAUGAACAAUAAAUCAAAGCAGUCGUUAAAUAAAUUAGAAUAAAUGAAUUGUAAGUUAUUGCUGUUAAUAUAUUUUUUUGCCAAUUGUGGACAAAGAAGGGGGUUUCUCUAAAGCGCCCCCCCACUCGCCUCCACCUCUCGCUGAAUACAAGAAAGGUGAUAUUUUCUGGGAGGGAGGGGGGUUAAUAGGCCUUUUUUAAUAAAUGUUUUUAAGAUUUUAAAAGUGGUCAAGAUUAAAGAGUAAAUGAUUUAAUGCAAAGAACUUUUCUAUCGGUUUGAUUUCCCGUCACUCCUCCAGUCCGUCUUUCGGCUCUGCAGAGUGAUGAGGAUUAUUAUUAAUGUAAAUCCAAACAUGAUGCAUAUCUUCAUUUUUUUAUAUAUAUAUUUGGGUUUAUUUAUUGUUUUCUUCAGGGGGGGGAGGGGGUGUUGCGGAGGUGUUAGGUACCCUGAGACUGCUACAAUUCGUAUAGAAAUAUAUUUUUGUUAUGACUGUUAUGACGGGGGGGAGGGGGGUAGUGAAUAUUUCAUUUAGGUGGGAAUAAUAAAAUGUCAGUGUUUUAUCGCAGCGGCUUUGAGACGGACAUGUUGUGACGCCGGACAUCGCGAUGGACUUUCCCUCGCAAACAUGCAAACCCCCUCCCUCGAAUGUGUGUGCACUCCUUCCUUUUUAAAGACACUUAAUACAGUGGAGGCUUGGGGAGGGGGGGUGCAUACCUGUGUGCCUGAAACAUUUUGCGUACAUGGGCUGGGAUGUGAAAAUAACGGGUGGGGUGAGGUGGGGUCCUUUUUUAGUGUUUUUAAUUUAGUUUUUAAGGAUUCUCGGAACAGAGGAUUUUGAUCCAAAUGAACUGUGUUGCACAGAAAUGAGGAGAAAAGGAGAAAUCGCUCUCCGUCUCCUUCUGCCUCGUCCCCUUUGCUGCUCCCCUCAGACUUUAAAUCCUUCCUCCUCCUCCUGUUCCUCCUCUGGAGGGGAAGUUGCUCCCCCUCCCCUCAAACUCCAUCCUCUUUAUCUAUCUGCUAAGAACUUUGGGAGUUUAAUUUAAUAUUUUUUACUGUACAAAGGAAACACGAACUGUGGACUCAAAUACUGUUUUUUAUAAUAAAAUGAAAAUUACCAACA